UAGGACCCACCUUUCACCUCCACCACCACCACCACCACCACCUUCAACUCCACCACCUCCUCCACCACCUCCAGUACCCAUCACCCGAUAUUUAAGUUUUUUUUUUUUUGAAAAACUCUCAUACCUCCCAACAAGCUGUUGAUUCUUUCUCCUUUUCUACGAGCUUUUGUUCUCUCUUUUCUAAAAUCUGUAUUUGUUUUUGUUCUGUUGUUCAAUAAACAAAGUUCUCUUUUUUUCAUGAGCUUUUGUUCUCUCUUUUUUAAAAUCUAUAUUUGUUUUUGUUCUGUUGUUCAAUAAACAAAGACAAUUAAAGAAAAGAGGAAAAAAAAACAGAAAAUAACAAACUUUGUAACGAUUUUUUUUUUGUUUACCUUUUACUUGUUGCCGGCGAUGCCUACGCCGGUUAGUACCGCCAGGGAAUGCUUGACACCUGAAGCAGCCCACGCUCUAGAUGAAGCGGUGAGUGUAGCGCGCCGGAGAGGGCAUGGACAAACGACGUCACUUCAUGCUGUAUCCGCUCUGCUUUCUCUACCUUCUUCCAUUCUACGUGACGCCUGUGCUCGUGUGAGGAACUCGGCAUACUCUCCUCGCCUUCAAUUCAAGGCGCUCGAGCUUUGCCUUAGCGUUUCACUUGACAGGGUUCCGACGAGUCAGCUUACUGAUGACCCGCCAGUGUCGAACUCGCUCAUGGCGGCGAUAAAACGGUCUCAGGCGAAUCAAAGGAGGCAGCCAGAGAAUUUCCAUUUGUAUCACCAAAUCUCACAGCAGCAAUCCUCCGCUUCAAUGUCGUGUAUAAAAGUGGAGCUCCAGAACCUGAUUCUAUCGAUCCUCGAUGACCCGGUUGUAAGUCGGGUUUUCGGAGAAGCGGGUUUCCGGGGCUCUGAAAUCAAGCUUGCUAUUGUCCGGCCACUUACUCAGGUUUUCAAAUUCUCUCGGUUUAAAGGCCCGCCCAUGUUUCUCUGUAACUUGACUGAUAAUCCGGACAUGGGUUCUGCUAGAAAGGGCUUUAGCUUUCCUUUUCCGGGUUUCACCGAGUCCAUCAGUGGAGAUGAGAACUGCAGGAGGAUAGGAGAAGUCCUUGCGAGAAACAAAGGGAGAAACCCGCUGCUUGUUGGUGUAUGUGCAUAUGAUACACUCGCAAGUUUCAGAGAGGUUAUAGAGAAGAGAAAGGAAAACAUUUUGCCCGUGGAGUUAUCUGGAAUUACUGUGGCUUCCAUUGAAAGUGAUAUUACAAAGUUUGUAAGUGAGAAUUUCGAUAAAGGGUGUGUGGAUUUGAGAUUUGAGGAGUUGGGUCGAUUUGCGGAACAAAAUUUGGGACCUGGAUUGGUGGUGAAUCUGGGGGACUUGAAGGUAUUCGUCCAUGGCGAAGGUAGUAAUGCUAAUGGCCAUAGCUUGAGUGAUUCAGUGACCUAUGUGGUUGAAAAAUUGACAGGGUUGCUGCAGUUACAUGGAAGGAAAGUGUGGUUUAUAGCUGCAACAGCAAGUUAUGAGAGUUAUUUGAAGUUUGUUAGCAGAUUUCCUUCCAUUGAAAAGGACUGGGAUUUGCAGCUUUUGCCAAUCACUUCUUUCAGAAAUUCCAUGGCUCAAUCUUACCCCAGGUCCAGCUUGAUGGAAUCAUUUGUUCCAUUUGGUGGGUUUUUUUCUACACCUUCAGAGUUGAAAAGCUCCUUCAGCAGCUGCAGCUCUUACCCAUGCAUAUCCCGCUGUCAUAUAUGCAACGAGAGGUGUGAACAAGAAAUACUUGCCGUUUCAAAAGGUGGAUUUGUUGCAUCAGUAGCUGAUCAGUACCAAUCCAACUUAUCUCCUUGGCUGAAAAUGACUGAACUUGGCACAAGCAAGGGAUUUGAUGGGAAGACUAGAGAUGAUGGUGUGGUAUUGAGUGCCAAAAUUGCAGGCUUGCAAAAAAAAUGGGAUAGCAUAUGCCAACGUCUCAAUCACACCCAAUCACCUGGGUCAAAUAUUCAUCCUUCUCGGUUGCCGACUGUUGUUGGCUUUCAGCGCAUUGAAGACAAAAAGGAAGAUGCUGAAAAGUGUAGCAGCAAUAGUACAGUUGCCCCACCAAAUGAAACUAGAUGCAAGAAUGUCCCCAUUGAUAUGCAGAAGUUUUCAAGCAAGCAAUUAGGUGCUCCUUUCUCUGUAGUUUCUGAGCUGAACACUGAGAGUGUCCAAUCUAAACAAUGGGAAAAAUCUGCAAAAGAAGAUCUUGAGUCAGGUGGUCUUAGAUCUCCUUCUAGUUUUUCCAAUUCAAGUAUGGCUGAUGGAAGUCGAUCAUCUCCUACAUCUGUGGCUUCUGUGACAACAGAUUUGGGCUUGAGAAUAAGCCCUGUUUCUACCAGCUAUGAGCUAAAGAAAUCUUUAUAUAAAAAUCACGCAGAGUUUCCACAGGAGUUAUCGGGUUCCCUUUCAGCAAAUGUUGAUGUUGUCAACGGGAGUAUCUCUGACCAGCUGGCUCAAUCAUCACCAUCUUCUUCUCUUGAUUUUGGUGGGCAGUUUGAUCCUAGUAGUUUCAAGAUGUUCUUCAGAGAUCUAACUGAGAAAGUUGGCUGGCAAGGUGAAGCUUUACAUGUUAUCAGCCAAACAAUAGCUAAUUGCAUGACAAGAAACAGAAGACCCCAAGGAGCAAGUCUGAGACGGGAUAUAUGGUUCAAUUUCCUUGGACCUGAUAGCUGUGGUAAGAAGAAAGUUGCUGCUGCACUGGCUGAGAUAAUAUAUGGAAGCAAGGAAAACUUAAUAUCUGCAGAUUUAAGUCCCCCUUAUGGGAGGGUUUGCACAUUCAGCCAGGAAGUGCAUGGCUACGAUGUAAUGUUCAGGGGGAAGACCAUAAUUGAUUAUGUUGCUGGGGAACUGUGCAAGAAGCCCUUAUCUGUUGUCUUUCUUGAAAACGUAGAUAAGGCUGAUAUACAGGCUCAGAAUAGUUUGUCUCAUGCUAUUCGGACCGGUAAAUUUUCAGAUUCACAUGGAAGAGAAAUCGGAAUAAACAAUGCAAUUUUUGUGACAACUUCAACAUUUACAGAUGAUAAAGUUCUUUCUUCCAGGAAGGAUUUCUCUACCUAUUAUUCUGAGGAAAGAAUACUGAGAGCAAAGUGCAGGCCAAUGCAGAUUUUAAUUGAACAAGCUCCUGCUGACAACAUGGGUCAAAUUUUGAAUCUCUCAGUGACAAAGAGAAAAGGCAUGCCUGGUACAAUCUUCAUGAAUAAAAGGAAGAUAGUUGAUACAAAUCAAAAUUUACAGCAGCAUAACACUUCAGAAGUGGUAAAUUGGGCUCAUAAGACACCUAGGAAUCUAGAUUUAAACCUUCCUGCUGAAGAGAGUGAUGAGCAAGGGACUGAUGAUGGAAAUUCUGAAUCCAAAGCUUGGUUGCGAGAUUUCUUUGAUCAGGUGGACAGAAUAGUGAUUUUCAAGCCUUUUGAUUUUGAUGCACUUGCUGAGAGAAUAUUGAAUGAGAUAAAUGACAGCUUCCACAAGAUCAUAGGCUCAGACUGUUUUCUAGACAUUGACCCAAAAGUCAUGGAGCAAUUACUGGCAGCUGCAUAUUUAUCUGAUAGGAAGAUGGUAGAGGAUUGGAUGGAGGGAGUCCUUACCAGGGGAUUUAUGGAAGUUCAGGAAAGGUGCAAUCUCAGUUCCCAUUUUAUUGUGAAACUUGUUGCCUGCAAGAGCCUAUUUUCAGAAGAACACAUGCCAGGGGAAAUUCACCUUCCUUCAAAAAUUAUUUUGAAUUGAUGCAUUCAGAAUGGGUAUUUUGUAGGUAGAAUUAUAAUGUAGCAUUAGAAUAUUGUAACCCUUGUUUAGCCUCUUAUUCCCAUAAUUUUAGUGGUUUUUGCAGGUUAGCUUUGUGUAAUUUGUAUAAUCAUUAUUAUUAUUAUUAUUAUUAUUAUUAUUAUUAUUA